AUGGCGUCGAAAAAAACCAAGCCCGCUGCUGGCGACGAUGUCGACAUUGACGAGCUCCUCUCUGGCCUUGACCGCGACACGAAGCCACCCAAGAAGACCACCAAAUCCAAGCCCACUUCCGCUGCAUCAAAGGCAAUUGCCGAUCAGGAUAUUCUAGCCGAUCUCGAGUCAGAAUUGGCGGAGCAGCCUUCACGACCUCAUACUCCUCGGCUCAGGGAUGCUACCCGCCGUUCCACAGCCACACCUCCCGCCGGCGACCCCCGCAAGUCUACAGAUAGUGCACGCAGUUUGAAAGCAACAUUCACACCGAGCGCUACGAGCUCAGAGCUCCACGAGAAUGAAAAGAAGCCAACUUCCGAACCUGUCCAGCAGCAAGAUCCUGCCCCUCAGGCUUCCGGUGGAGGAUGGUGGGGUGGUAUUCUGUCCACGGCCAGCGCUGCCAUGAAGCAAGCUGAAGCCGCGGUCACCCAGAUUCAGCAGAACGAGGAGGCCAAGAAAUGGGCAGACCAGGUUAAGGGGAUUAGAGGACUUGACGUUACUACUCUGCGAACCUACGGUGACGAACUCCGACAUCGUGCUCUCCCUACCUUUACCAAUAUCCUCCAUACUCUUGCGCCUCCCAUCAGCUCCCACGAGCGUCUCCUCAUCCACAUAUCUCACGAUCUUGUCGGCUAUCCGUCACUCGACCCUCUGAUUCACAACGUAUUUGGCCAUGUGAUGGCACAAGUUGAGGGCGGUGAUCUUCUGGUCAUCCAGCGUGGCCAGGAAAGCCACUCUCGACGAAGUACCGACAGUGCUGCUGGAUGGCACGACGGACCCUGGUGGAGACAAACUGACACUGCUCGCGAGCUGGGCUUGAUAAACGGAUUGCCAGAAGGUACCAAGCUUUGCCGCGCCAACGCCGAAUCACAUGCGAACGAAUACUUUUCCGCCAACGGUGGUGUAGAGGCAGCCAAGCUCAAGGCUACGGAAGAUGUCAGUGAGACCAACCCGGUUCGAACGUCUGACUUGUUCUUAGCUGUCCAGGCAAUUGCUGUGGACUCCGAUGGAACUUUGUUUGCUCGUACUGCUUCAGCCGAAAAGGAAAAGCAAUCUUCCAAUGUUCAGGACCAGGAUGACGAGGAUGAGGAACUCAUCUGCUUCGCCGUGUUUAUCUUGGACCCUGUCCACGAUAUUGAAUUCUACACCGUCAGUCAGUCUAUCCCUGCCCGCUGGGUUCAGUGGCUUGACACCCCAGCUCCUCUCACCCCUCACUCUGGCGAGGACGGCGAUGCUUCGGACGCCAACGUCCCAGACGAGAUCCGAGAUAUCAUUGAGAGCGGCGGCGUUGACCCCCGAGAAUGGGUGGCUGAGUGGCUUGAGGAGCUUCUUAACCUUUCCAUUGGCACUGUCGCCCAGCGAUAUGUUGCUCGUCGUAUGGGUGUUGGCGAGGGUGGCCUUGGUAGGGGCAAGAAGAGAAUGGAAGACCUCGUGCAAGACAACGCUGGGGAGGCCGCCCGAGCAGGCGUCAUUUGA